AUGGUGACCAAUUGCGAAAUUGAUUUGACACAAAAACUGAUUGGCGGUCCAGUAGAUUACAUUUGGGAUCGUGCUGCUAUCGUUGCUUUACAUUGGGAUGAUCAUGAACGAUAUUUAAUAAAAUUAUUAUCAUUAAUGGAAAAACCGUCAAAUUCUAGUACUAAUUCAGGAUAUGAUUUAUUAUUUGGAUGUUAUUGGCAUGAUCAACAUCGAGGUCCACCGUUUCCAGUUGAUCAAGAUUAUUUAACAAAAUUAUUGCAUAAAAUUGAGCCAAAAAUCGAAAAAAUUGAUUUAUUAGACGAUGUAGAUGCAUUUAACUCCGGAUGGGCAAAUGGUGCAUUUACAAUAAUGAGAGAACGAUGUUUUGGUGUUAAUAGAAAUGCUUGA